CUGUUACUAUCCUUUCAGUCUUGAACAGAGAGGUUGACAAUGAGCACAGAAGGAGCAACUGAGAACUGCUUAGCAUGGGCAGCAAGGGAUGAUUCUGGAUUUCUAUCUCCCUAUACCUUCAAUCGCAGGGCUGUUGGAUCUGAUGAUGUUUCUGUUAAAAUAACACACUGUGGAAUAUGUUAUGCGGAUGUCGUGUGGACUAGAAAUAAAUUUGGAGACUCAAUGUAUCCUGUGGUGCCUGGACAUGAGAUUGCUGGAAUUGUCUUGGAGGUUGGUUCCAAUGUUCAAAACUUCAAAGUCGGUGAUCAUGUUGGAGUUGGAACAUUUGUGAACUCUUGCAGAGAUUGCGAGUAUUGUAAUGAUUUUCUAGAAGUUCACUGUGCUAAGGGAGCAAUCCGCACUUUUAAUAGCGUUGAUGUCGAUGGUACAAUUACGAAAGGUGGAUAUUCCAGUUAUAUUGUGGUUCUUGAAAGGUACUGUCAUAAGAUACCUGAUAACUACCCUUUAGCUUCAGCAGCGCCAUUGUUAUGUGCUGGAAUUACGGUUUACACUCCCAUGAUGCGCCAUAAGAUGAACCAACCUGGUAAGUCUCUUGGUGUGAUUGGGCUCGGUGGCCUUGGACAUAUGGCUGUGAAGUUCGGAAAGGCAUUUGGGCUAAAUGUCACAGUUUUAAGCACAAGUAUAUCCAAGAAGGAAGAUGCUUUAAAUCUCCUUGGAGCAGACAAAUUUGUGAUCUCAUCAGAUAAGGACCAGAUGAAGACCUUAGAAAAAUCCCUGGACUUCAUUAUUGACACUGCAUCCGGGGAUCAUUCAUUUGAUAUGUACUUGUCACUCUUGAAGACUGGUGGUGCUAUGGCAGUGGUGGGUGUCCCAAGUGAGAUCAAGUUUCAUCCUAUAAACCUUAUUCUAGGUAUGAGAAGCAUCUCAGGAAGUGCCACAGGUGGUACUAAAUUGAAACAAGAAAUGAUAGAUUUCUGUGCUGCCAACAAAAUAUAUCCAGAGAUUGAAGUCAUUCCCGUUCAAUACGUAAAUGAAGCACUUGAGAGGAUGAUAAACAGUGAUGUGAAAUACCGUUUUGUGAUUGAUAUCGAGAACUCCUUGAAGUAAUAUCGCAAUUA